CUUUCUCUGUAUUAUUUUUAAGAUAAACACCUGCCAAAUGGAGGAGAGAAAAAGACUGUUAUCUGCAUCGAAGGGAACAUUGCAAGCGGAAAAACGACAUGCCUGGAGCAUUUUGCCAAAAACUCUAGCAUUGAGGUGUUGACUGAACCGGUGUCUAAAUGGAGGAAUGUUCGUGGUCAUAACCCUCUGGGCUUAAUGUACCAAGAUGCAUCACGGUGGGGCAUAACGUUACAGACUUAUGUGCAGCUUACCAUGUUGGACCAGCACAAGAGGCCGAUGACUUCUUCCAUAAGAAUGAUGGAAAGGUCAAUUUACAGCGCCAAGUACAUCUUUGUAGAAAACCUGUAUCGAAGUGGGAAAAUGCCAGAAGUGGAUUAUGUAGUACUGACCGAAUGGUUUGAGUGGAUUGUCAAGCAUUUGGAUGUUUCAGUGGAUUUAAUAGUUUAUCUGCAGACCUCUCCCGAGAUGUGUUACGAAAGGCUAAAAAGGAGGUGCAGAGAAGAGGAAAAGGUCAUUCCUGUGCAAUAUUUGGAAGCUAUUCAUCGACUCUAUGAGGAGUGGCUUGUUAAACAAACACUGUUUAAAGUUCCUGCUCCCGUGCUUGUUCUUCAGGCUGACCAAGAUAUACGGGCUAUGAUUGAGAAAUAUGAAGAAAACCGGGACCGAAUCUUAUCCUCCUGCAACGGGCGGCAGUGUUUGUAG